CUUUAACAGUAUUAUAAAUAUUUUCUUUCACUGCCAAAGCCAUGAUGAAGCUAUCUUUUUUCGCCCUUUUUGCUCUGGCAGUUUGUCACGGAUCUAGCAUUGACAACCAAGCGCGCGGACCAAUCCUCUGGCAAGAUGAUUUUGAAUUUCUUGACACAAACAAAUGGAAGCACCUAAUUACAGCAUGGCGAGGGGGCAACAGUGAAUUCCAAUAUUACGACAAUCUACCCGAAAACAGUUACGUUCGAGAUGGGAUCCUAUACAUCAAGCCAACAUUGACAGCGGAUCGUUUUGGCGAGGCUUUUCUGUACAAUGGCACACUUGAUUUGUAUAAGGAAGGCUGCAAUGUGGACAUCGAUGGCGGUUGCUAUGUAGUGGCUUCUGCAGAAAUUAUCAAUCCCAUUCAGUCUGCACGGAUGGUGACAAGCGAUUCGUUUAGUUUUACCAAUGGCACUAUUGAAAUCAGAGCCAAAAUGCCAAAAGGUGACUGGAUUUGGCCAGCAAUUUGGAUGCUGCCUACCGACUCGGUUUACGGCGAAUGGCCGCGCUCGGGCGAGAUUGACAUUGUAGAAAUUAAAGGAAACGCUGAUUUCUCUUGCAACGGCUAUCCGAUGGGGCGACAGUUGGCUGGAUGCACUUUGCAUUGGGGUCCUGAUCCCAGCCAGAACCGAUAUCCUCUUACACACUGGGAAAAAAUCAUACAGGAUCCUGAUUUCUCCUCAGAUUUUCACAUCUUUCGUGUUGAGUGGCUCCCAAAUGGUUUUCAAUUCUUCAUUGACGACGAAAUGAUUGGCGAAGUGUAUCCUCCACCCGGUGGUUUCUCAGAGCUGGGCGGAUUCAGCGAACAGAAUCUGUGGAGUUCAGGAACUAAAAUGGCACCUUUCGAUCAACCUUUCUAUUUCGUGCUCAAUGUGGUUGUUGGUGGCAACUUCUUUCCCGACGGUUGCCAAAAUGCCGAUUAUGAGAAACCGUGGACCGCAUCUGAUCCUACUCAAAUGAAAACUUUCUGGGAAAGCCGCGACAAAUGGCUACCCACAUGGAAUGCUGAAACGGAAGACAACGCCAUGCAAAUUGAUUACAUUCGAGUGUAUGAAUUCUAAAUUUAAAAUCACCUGAAUUUCAAAUAAAUUGCCUUCUGGUACUAUUAAAUCAA